AUGAGAUUCACCAACCAUAUAUUGACCGGCAUAUGCGCAGCAACAGGCGCGUUGGCCGGCUCCUACCAGCCCAAGUUCCGCGUUUCUCCGAUCGAUGGUUCGAAGAUUGCACUUCCAACAAAGGAGCAAUUGGCUUUGCAAGAUAAGGAAAUUGGAGUACUAAUUCAUUUUGAGAUAGCCACCUAUCUUGACAUUGAUGGCUGCAACAAGGUCCCUGACCUUGUUCCUGACAUAUCCCUAUUUGACCCAACCUCAAUAAACACCGAUGGGUGGAUGGACUCAGCUGUUGCUCUAGGCGCAAAGUAUGCUACUCUUGUCGCCAAGCAUAACUGUGGAUUUGCGAUCUGGCCGAGUGAAGUCACUUUCCAAGACCGGGAAAACCAGACCGUCCCAUACGACUAUACAAUCGCCCAAUCACCUGUCCAUGGCCAGAAUAUCGUCAAGAGCUUUGUGGACUCAGCCAAAAAGUACGAUAUCGGGCAUGGGUUCUAUUACAGUGUCGUGGUAAACAAUUAUCUGAAUGUGCAAGAUUCAGAUGUUCGUGCCGGCACUUGGGCCCCCGGCCAAGUUAAUAUCACGAAUGGUACAUACGACCAAAUUGUCUAUAACCAAUUAAGUGAAUUGUGGAAGGGCUAUGGCAGCUUGACUGAGAUCUGGUUUGAUGGAGGUUACAGCAACGACCAGAAAGAUAAGAUUGAGACACUCUUGAAGGAAACCCAGCCCCAAGCGGUUAUUUUCAAUGGAUGUGACACGGAGGGAACCUGCGUAUCGGCUAAUUCAAUUCGAUGGAUUGGAACGGAAAUUGGUGAAGCCCCAGAGGAGAAUUGGUCCACUGGCCUGACAAAUGAUGGCGGAGACCAUACGAGCCCGUAUUUUUGCCCUGCCGAAUGCGAUACCACCUUGCAGACCGAGGAUCGUUGGUUCUUUGGCGUUGAUCAACCAUUAAGAUCUCUUGAAGAGAUGAUAGGCGUCUACCACAAGACCGUCGGCCGAAACUGUAUCCUCGAAUUGGACCUUUCCCCUGAUCGAAGCGGAGUUAUCCCAAAGGAACACGCAGCCCGCUACAAGGAACUAGGUAAUUUCAUCAACUCGUGCUAUGGCAAGCCUGUUGCAGGUGAUGUUGCGCACUCAUCCAAUGACAAGGGGGAGUAUACUAUCAAGCUUGACAAACCCACUAACAUUGACCGCAUUGUGUUGAUGGAGGAUCAAACGAAUGGCCAAGUGAUUCGGUCAUACGAGGUGCAUGCGAAGGUCGUUGAGAGUCAAGAUGUUAGUAGUGCUGCGGAUGUGCCUUUCAAGCUUGUUUCAAAUGGAACAAGUAUAGGCCACAAAAAGAUUGAUAUCUUUGACAAGGCCGUUUUGGCGACGGAGGUUCUGGUCAAGACCAAAUUUGUGGACACUCCGAAAUGGCGAUCUGUCUCGCUCCAUCUGUGUGAUUAA